AUGGACAAAGACGACGCCCUGGACGCGCAGGAUCCCCAACACGUCGGCCCCUCGGAGGAGGCGCAGCCCGUUUCGUCGACGCGGCGCUCGCGGCCGGCGCUACGGCACCUCACGGGGGGGUACCGGGGGCGAUUAGUCUCCUCGGUGAACACCACCUCGCCGCCGUCGGAUCGGACGACCACGGAGGUCCCGGAAGAGACUCGAAGCGAGCUCACGAGCAGUGGGUCGAGCCAAAUGCAGGGGAAUCCGCUGGAAAACGGGCAGGCAACUGAGUUCGGUGGUACUCCCCCCACAACCACAACCUUAUGCUCCUCCCCAGCAGUCGUACUUCAGCUGACAGAUCUGCAGUUCGCACGGUUUGGUAUCACGCGGUUCGUGAGUUACAUUUGUAAUCUCAACCAGGGCGGACCCAUUCCUUCAAGCGAUUUCCAUUCCCAUUGUCUCCCGCCGAUGUCAGUGAAGUCGUACGUGGAGCGAAUUGUGCGGUAUUGCAAUUGCACCGCCGAAGCCCUGCUGUUUGGUUUUAUGCUGCUCCUGAAGUACACUUUUCACAGCGGCCACCGAAUCACCGUCUACAACGCUCAUCGUCUUUUAAUAACCGGGAUUGUCCUGGGCAUUAAAAUACGAGACGACACCUACUUUAACAACGCGUACUAUGGCAAGAUUGGUGGUAUCAGGGCGAGGGAGAUGUGUAAGUUGGAGCUGCUUUUUCUUGAAAAAAUGAAUUGGGAAAUGCACAUCUCCGAGGUUGAGUAUGCAGAGAUGUGCAAGUUACUAGGUGAACUUAUAAGGACGCCGACACGAGAGGAGGUCACAGCCUUUCAGGUUGCCCAUCCACACGAGAUUGAUGCGUACAAUUUGGAAGAAGAUCAAAUUGAUACACCGACGCAUGGUCCAGAGAGCGUGGAAGGGUCUCCCGAGGGUUUUGAAACUCAGGAAGACUCUCAAUCUGCGGUGCGCGCCCGUGCGUUAGGCGCCUACCGACGCCAUCAUUGGAAAACACGAGUGGAACCUUGGCUGAGUGAACUUGCCGAAAGUACUUUGCGAAAGAAUCAACAACAGGUGAUCAUUGAGCAGCGGGAUCGGGAUGCGGAGGAGGAGAGAUGGAGGCGGUACCGAGAGGAGGAUAACGCUAAGCUUUUGAAGCGCCGCUCGGAAAAGUCGUGUUGGCUGUCACCGAUUGCGCUCGAUGCCAAGGAUGACCGGGGCUUCUCCACGGCUCCGGUCUUGAGUGAACCGCAAUCCACGACGACUGACCUCAGUCAUAAUGGCAACCACCCCACCACCGCUACGAACUCCUCGACGGGGAUGUCCGGCAUUCUCGAACGCGUUCAGGAGCUCGCGGAGUCCACCUCCACGGCGAACAGCCUUUUGCACUCCUCUCGGCAGUCCACGACCCCUGGGAGCGGCAUCAACGUCAACGCUCAGCCCUACUACUACGUCAGCAGCCGGCAUAAGAUCCAGCAAAAAGCUCAGGCCGCCAGCAGCGUCGCCACGGAGGCGCCUUCAUCGACGUCAGGCACCAAUUCCAGCAGUGGGAGCGGAAAUGGGCCCCACAUGCGGUGCUCGAGUUGGCGUAACCCAUCGCUGAACGAGGAGACCUUUCCAUUCCAGCGAAAGCAGUCCAUCUCGUUUAAUCUGACGGCUUGCCAAUCAAGGUACGGCGAUCGUAACGACGAAGGCCAACCCACUAAUUAUCCUGAAGGAAGUGGUAGUAGCCAUAUGAGUUGCUUCAACUUUGUGGCUUGCCAGAAGCGCGAACCUUAUCACCAUUCUGAGGAUGGAUCGUUUACUUUUUCGUCCUCAAAGUACACCCACCGCAGUGCCAAUGAUGGGAUUGAAUCUCAACCUUAUCAGGAACUAGUUGCGAACUCUGGGGUGUGUUUUUCUACUGCACCAUUAAGAGGUUUCCCCAAUCAUGGUAGUAAAAAGAGUAGUAAUGUGAGCUACAGCAUUGGUGCGCCCCCAAAACACUCACAGGGAAGUGUUGGGAAAAAGAGACCCAAACCUGAUGCUUACGUCGACAGGCUUUAUAAAGAUUAA